AUGGUUCAGUCGCCGAUGCUUUCGUGUCCGCUGAAGCAGACCAACGAGAUCGAUUGGAUUCAACCCCUCAAGGAUUACAUCCGACAGACAUAUGGCGAGGACGCCGAACGGUACAGCCAAGAAUGUGUGACCCUCAACCGACUUCGUCAAGAUAUGAGGGGCGCAGGAAAUGAUAGCGCUACCGGUCGCGAUCUGUUGUAUCGGUAUUAUGGCCAACUGGAGCUGUUGGACCUCCGGUUUCCCGUCGAUGAGAACCACAUCAAGAUCUCGUUCACUUGGUACGAUGCGUUCACCCACAAACCUACGUCUCAAUAUUCCCUGGCCUACGAGAAGGCAUCAAUCAUCUUCAAUAUCUCCGCUGUCCUGUCCUGCCAUGCCGCCAACCAGAAUCGGGCCGACGAUACUGGUGUCAAGACUGCCUACCACUCCUUCCAAGCCUCCGCUGGCAUGUUCACCUACAUAAAUGAGAACUUCUUGCAUGCCCCGUCUACCGACCUUAAUCGGGAUACGGUCAAAACAUUGAUCCAUGUUACACUCGCCCAAGCGCAGGAGGUUUUUUUCGAGAAGCAAGUGGCGGAUGGAAAGAAGCCUGGGUUCUUGGCUAAGUUGGCUGGACAGGCAGCAUAUCUUUACUCACAGGGUGCGGAAACCAUGCAGGACUUUGUCGGCAAGAACGUGUUCGACAAGGUGUGGUCGAUCGUCGUUCAGGCCAAGGCUGCGCAUAUGGGAUCAGUUGCAUCUUACUACCAGGCGAUUGCGGACAGCGAGAGCGGAUCACACGGCGUUGCGAUUGCUCGUCUUCAAAUGGCCGACAAGCAAUCCGCCACUGCCCUGAGCUGGGCAAAGACCUUCCCCUCGACAGCUCCCGUGACCUCCAAUUUGACAGCAGAUUCUGGACCUGCUCUGAUGGAGCUCAUUAAGCACAACCAAACAAAUGUGCAGUCCCAGCUUGCUACUAUGAUCAAGGACAAUGACUUCAUUUAUCACCAGCCGGUUCCAAAUGAGGCUGGUCUCUCAGCCGUCGCCAAGCUUCCUGCCGCCAAGGCUAUUCCUGUUAGUGAAUUGUAUCAAGGUCAGGAUAUUCAGCGUAUCAUUGGACCCGAUAUCUUCCAGAAGCUGGUACCCAUGUCUGUUACCGAAACUGCCAGUCUAUAUGAUGAAGAAAAAGCCAAGUUAAUUCGAGCCGAAACCGAAAAGGUUGAAACCGCCAAUGGUGAGAUGGCCGCCAGCCUGGAUUAUCUGAAGCUACCCGGCAGUCUCAAUAUCCUUAAGGGAGGCAUGAACCAGGAAAUGUCAGUAGACGAAGAAUUUCGCCGCUGGUGUUCAGAGCUUGCUGGCCACAAGCCAUUUCACAGAGCUUUUGACGAUUUGCAAGAUCGCAAGGCUGAAGUUUUGUCGCAACUGGACCAGUGCUCUAAACAGCUCGAUCUGGAGGAAAGCGUCUGUGAGAAAAUGCGCUCCAAGUAUGGCGCGGAUUGGAGCCAGCAGCCAAGUGCUCGACUCAAUACGACACUUCGCGGAGAUGUUCGCGCAUAUCGGGACACUAUCAACGAAGCCAGCGCCAGCGAUUCACAGCUCUCCUCCACACUGCGUCAAUACGAGACUGAUUUCGAUGAAAUGCGGUCUGCGGGAGAGACAGAUGAGGCUGAUGUGCUGUUCCAGCGCGGGUUGAUCAAAGCUGGCUCGAAACAAAGCAAGGGAAAGAACGGUGUCGCUAGUCCAGCCGAAGGUAGCCUGUUGGAUGACGUGUAUGAUGAAGGCGGUGCAUCUGUUGCUGAACAGAUUGCCAAGGUGGAAGAGAUUCUGAAGAAAUUGAACCUUGUAAAGCGAGAGCGGUCUCAAGUUCUCAAAGACCUCAAGGAUAAGAUUCACACUGAUGAUAUCUCGAACGUCCUCAUCCUAAACAAGAAGUCAAUUACUGGCCAGGAAAGUCAACUCUUCGAUGCUGAGCUCGAAAAAUUCCGGCCGCACCAGAACCGACUUCUUCAGGCAAACCACAAACAGUCUUCUUUAAUGAAGGAGCUUACCAAAAUUUACGGUGAUCUCCUUCAAGACAAGCGAGUUCAAGGCGAGCAGUCGAAAUAUGAGUCCAUUACGCGGCAACGCAACUCAGUAAUGGCUCGAUACAAGAAGGUUUACGAAGCUUUCAAUGGGCUUUCGUCGGGCAUUGCUCAAGCAAAAACCUUCUAUAAGGACAUGACGGACAAUGUGGACAGCCUUCGCAAGAAUGUCGAGACUUUCCUCAACAACCGUCGGUCAGAAGGUGCUCAACUUCUAAGCCAGAUCGAACGCGAUAAGGCCAGCGGUGUUUCUGAGCAAGAAGAACGCGAAAGAGAGAAACUGCGCCAACUGAUGGAACGUCUCUCCACGGAGCCCAAGAGCUCAACUUCACCAUCUGCAGCAUCAGGACCUCCUUCCAAGGUCAAAUCACCCCCUCCACCUGUACAGACCCCAGCCUAUGGAACAGGUCCCUCUCCAAAGAUGUCACCCCGCUACCCACCCACCGGUGGACCUCUCUCCCAUUCACCUGCACCCUACGGACAAUACAUGGGCGGCCAGGGAGCGCCAUAUCAACCAACCCAGCACUUCCAGCAAGGCGCCGCAGCUCCCCUAUCCGAAGGCUACAACCCCAUGGCAUACCCCUAUCAAACUCCCGUGUCCCCACCCCCAAACCAGCAAUUCUUCUCCUCCACCCCCGCCCCGUACGGGGGCUACUCCAACUCUAGCACUCCCGUUCCUCCAACUGCAGGCGCCCAACCCUCGCACUACAUGUCGCCGCACGGCUACAUCCCGCCCCCUCCCCCUCCACGUCCCCAGCAGACAUCCUACCCUCCCUCUGGAGGCUCCUACCCAUCUGGACCAGGCGGCUAUGCCCAGGGUAGACCGCCAUAUGCCCAUCACAAGGCACCCUCGCAAUCCCAACCCCAGCCCAACACUGGCGGUGAUCCAUGGGCUGGUCUGAAUGCCUGGAAAUAG